GUUUGUGGACCUCCAUGACUAGAGGACAUCCUAGCUUUGAUAAGAUUUCGAGGAAACACUGUUUUGUGCAGUAAACACUUACCAUGAAGACGCUACUGGUUUUCUUUCUACUGUGCGGCAUAACAUGCGUUUCCAGUGAAACCUGCCACCUAACAACUGAUUGUGCCCUGAAGUGUACAGACGGAACCCUGGCCUGCUACCAUGGUCAGUGCACGUGCAUCAAAAGUGACGGGACAAAUUGCGUGACCGCAGAUACCUGUGAGACAUGUGAACAUGGCCGUGCCCACUGCUGGGGAGGAAUAUGUCACUGUUUUGGACAUUAAAUAAAUUCUUCUUGUAGUAUU